CGGACUGGCGGGAUAGAGCGGCCGGCGGAGGCGGAGCGACUCCAAGGCCGGGCCCUUCCAGCUGCACUGGCAAACAUGGCGGCGCGGCAGCCUCGCUCCGCCUCAGACCAUGAAAGUGAUGAUGAGUCAUACGAAGUAUUGGAUUUAACAGAAUAUGCGAGGCGUCACCAUUGGUGGAAUCGUGUGUUUGGCCGAAAUUCUGGACCAAUUGUAGAAAAGUAUUCUGUAGCUACCCAGAUUGCAAUGGGCGGAGUAACUGGCUGGUGUGCAGGAUUUUUGUUCCAGAAAGUUGGAAAACUUGCAGCAACUGCAGUAGGCGGUGGCUUUCUUCUUCUUCAAAUUGCUAGUCAUAGUGGAUAUGUACAAGUUGACUGGAAGAGAGUUGAAAAAGAUGUAAACAAAGCAAAAAAACAGCUAAAAAAGCGAGCAAAUAAGGCAGCACCUGAAAUCAAUACCCUUAUCGAAGAGACUACAAGAAGAAUUUUAAUGGAUUUGAAAGGCAACGUGUUGAGGACUGGCAAAGGGAAUGCUUUUCCACAUAGCACAAUGAGUGGAUAUAACACAUUUUCUCAAGAUAUAAGUAAGGCCAGAAGAUUAGCAGGACUCAACACCACUGGAAACAACAUACCAGACAAGAUGGAGCACUUUUCUGACCUGGUAUGCAGUUCCUGUGUGAGUGGAGACAGACACAGACCAUUACUUCGUUCUGAAGAGCAAAUCAGAGGGUCAGAUUUUGGGUGAUAUCAUUGUGAUUGGGAAACAAAAUGUAGAACACUGAUCUAAACAAGCUACGAAUGGAAGUAGAAGUUCUGAUUAGCUGAAGAUUUUACAGUGAAAACAAGGGGGAGUUUGAAGUUGUUUUUCCAAUUUCCUGUAUUGGUGUGAAUCAAGACAUGCAUGGCUGAAUUCUGACUUCAGUGAAAAAAACAUUAUAAAUCAGAAGAAAGUCUGGCCCUUUGCUACAAAAUGUCCAAUGGUAAGAGUAGAUUUAUUCAAAGUGCAUCAAGUAAUUAGACAAAUGUUGUUAGUGGUUUCAAGUUUGCUUGUAAAAUACAAUUAAAACCACUAUUUUUCUCAUUUAAAUGCAGCAGUAACAUAUUGUAAUGUUUUUUCCUCCCUCUGGCUUCCCUUCUGCCAUCUCCCUUUUUUUGUACUGUUCAAUCUACUUUGCAGGCAGAAUAGCUCAUAUCCAACAUGGCUUAGGGACCUCCACUUUUGCUGCAGUCAGAGUUUGUGGGUGAGGAAGUUAAGUCUUGUCCCCUUUAAAUGGUUCAUUUUAAAUUGCUUUUACCCACUGAUGCAGAGGGUGUGUUUGGGUGACGGGAAGAGGGCAAUCAGUUGUGACCUGGCCACGUGCCCAUCCUGGCUUAUAAAAUCCAGCUCGGGGAGACUGGGGCCACUGCUGGCAGAGGGUUUCAGUGCCUUCCUUCAGGAGGACAGGGUUCUGGACAUUUUUAAGUCUGUGACUGUCCGCCCCCACUCAUGAAAACAUUGCUUGACACUGAAUCUCCAGCCAAUUUUCAUCCUUCUCUAACCCUUCCUCCCCCCCCCCCCCCAUCUGUGGGGAAGGUCAUUGAAAGAGUGGUUGCCCAACAGCUCCAGGAACAUGUAAAUGUCAUGGGAUUCUUACAGGGGUGUAGGUUGUAGCCGUGUUGGUCUAAGGACAUAGGCAGACAAGGUUCUUUGGGUGAAUCUACAUGGGAUUCUUAGGGCCUUGUCAGCUGGCUUUUGGCCUGGACAGAGCACACGUACCAUGUUCAACAAGGGAAACAUUGCCCUGCUUAUCUUACUAGAUCUUUCAGUGACCUUUGAUACAGCUGGCCUUGAGGUACUGAUAAAGUGUUUACAUGAACUGGUGGUGUUUGUAGGACUGCUCUACAUUGUUUCUGCUGUUUCUGAGCAGUAAAGUCCUAGAGGGUGGUGAUGGUUGAGUGCUUAUCACCCUCUUGGGACCUUUCCUAUGGGGUCCCCAUGGGCUAAAUCGUGUGACCUCUCCUGUUCAAUGUGUAUAUGAGGCUUCUGAGUGAGAUUAUGCAGAUAUUUAGAGUGAGGUGCCAUCAGUAUAUUGUUGACCCCCAACUCAACCAUUCCUUCUCUUCUGAAACCUCAGUCUUUUUCCAGUGCCUUACUGCAGGUGAACCAGUUGAAACUGAAUCUAGACAAGACAGAGUUGAUGCUGGUGGGCAGACUAUUUGACAUGGGAGAGAAUGGGAUACCUAUCAUUGAGGGGGUUCAGCCUCCCCUUGUCAGUCUGGUUAGGAGUCUGGGGGUACCCCUGGGUCCUCUGCUGCACCUUGCUCUUCAGGUAGUGGCUGUGGCUAGGAAUGACUUUCACCAGCUCCAUCUGAUGAGAAGGCUGUGACCAACCCUUUCUUUCAGAUUCAGGUCUGACUGGCAUCAUCCAUACCAUUGUCAUUUCCAGGCUAUACUACUGCAGUGUGCUCUCCAUUGGGCUGCCCUUAGGAACUGCCCAGAAGCUGCAGCUGGUACAGAAUAUGGUUGCCCACCUUUUGAUGGUGGGGGAAGGUGGGGCAUGUUGCAAGGAUCACAUAACUGCAGAGCUCCAGAAUCUGAACUGACUCGCAGUAGCUUUCCUGGUACAAUUUGUCAUAACCCAAUGAUUUUUAGUGCCUCAGCACAUUGGAAUUUUCCCGCCACAUGGAGCUUUCUUUGCACGGUGGAUUUCUCAGCUGCAGAGAGAAAUCCCUGGUGCAAAAGAGUUCCCGUCACACGUAUGCAAAUUAGUGUCCCACUAUUGGUCAAUUCUAAAUUAUUCCUACGUGGCGGCUAGCAAUUGGCUCGCUAGCCAUAUAAAAGGUUAGAGCAGUUUCCGCCCAAGUUGGAGGACUCCACAACCAUCUCGUGGGGAACUCUAAGCGCGCUGUGGAGCCUAGCAAACUCCGCGUGUGUCUUGGAGGAGGACAUAGAGGCCUGAUCAGCUUCUAGCCACUCCCCGUCAUAGUGGAAAAUUUGACGUAUCCCCCAUGUUGGCGUGCGGAGUCGUACAUCGACAACUAAUCUCAGUUCGGUGCGAGAAGAGAUCUCACUUCUGUUUGUUUGUGUGCAACUGUAACUCAAGCAAGUUUCCUUCCUGCACUGUGACCAUCGGCAGUGUAAGUAAAGCUUUCUUUGUACAACCAAUACGCUUCCGUGCCUAACUCUACUCCGUCGUGGAAAAACCCCACCUGACGGUCCGGGAUACUGGCCAUAGCCUUAGACCACCCUUGGUCCCGACACAAUUCAAAGUGCUGGGUUUGAUGUAGAAGACCCUAAACAGUCCAGGUCCUACAUGCUAAGGAACUGCCUUCUCCCUUAUGUUUAGGGUGACCUGACCAUACGUUCCAAGCAACCCCAGCUCCAGUCCACCUGCCUUUCUCAUGCAUAGCAGCAGCAGUGCCUGCUCAACUGCCUGCCUGGUGCAUCAUGCCUCUCCCCAUCCCCACUGGACUCCACUCUAAGACUUUUGACCAGCUGGCCAGGACCAGACUGUAGAAGCUGGGACAGUCCCAAUUUGCCCCGGAGAUAUGGUCACCCUACUUAUGCUCUAUCACUAUCCUUAAGGUUAGCUGAGAACAGCUUCCUUCAAGUGCCAUCAAUGUGCCAAGUCUGCUUGACAAAAAUGCAUGGGAGGUCAUUUGCAAUAGUCACCACUCAGCUCUGGAACUCCCUCCAUCUCAAGACCUACCAAAGCCCAAACUUGGACAUCUUCAAGAAGUGCUGUAAGACCUUCCUCUUUGAGCGGGCAUUUAGCAAACAAAGCUAGGCUGAGAUAGUGUUUAAUGGAUUUCUGUUUUAUGUUUUCUCCUGUUUUAUAAGCAUUUUCCCUGUUUAUAUAAGUUAUUCUGUUCUCCUAUUUAAGUUGCCCUGAACCUCUGUUGAGAAGGGCGACAUAUGAAUCAAGCAAACAAACAAAUUUAGUGUCUUGCAUGCAUUCAGCAUUAUUAUUCUUUGCUUUUCUUAUAUUAUUGUCAGAAUGUAUAACUAAUUUCAUAUUACUUGCCACUGUUGUCAGUGAAAUAUUAAUUUAACAAAGACAUUUUACAAAAAGUUCUUUUCAGUAAAGACACUAGUAAAUUUGGUUUGUGUUUGGCUGCAUUCCUGAUUAAACUUAAUGAAGAUCAAGUGAUAGAUGUGAGAAAUUAAUUCUAAAGGAAAUUUGGUUGGGAAAGAGAAAUGAUUGUUCUAGUCAAGAUAUACUACCACUUCAUUUCUGAAAGCAAAAAAUGACUAAGUGUGAUGCAAAAUAUUUGGAACGGUGUUUUUUGGUUUCACAGAAGAGCUAUCCAGAGAAAUAGGGCCAUGUGCUCACCUCAGCUACUGCAACAAGUAGGACAGAGGAAAAGUCCUCAGAGCAUAGAAGAAACAUGCAGGCAGGCCAGGGUGAUGGUGGGGGAUAGGUAUGUUUGUUCCCUCCCACUGCAACAGCCUCUGCCCUCCUGGUGGCCUCUAGGCAGGAUCUAAUCUUCAUGGGUAUGACAGAGCACUUUUGGUUCCUGUCACUUUAAGGGAUUUGAGUGGCAGCAGGGCAGCCAGCAGGUGCAGGCCAGCCCUGAGGAAGCAGUCACAUGACCUGGUGAGGGCCAUGUGAUUGGAGAAGAGAGCUGAGCAGACUCCAUUUUAGCUCAGGCACUCAGGGUUGAGCCAGCAGUCUGCUGCUAGCAGCCAGCAGAAAAACAUCUGGCUGAGUGGCUGCUCAGGAACACCUUGGAGGUAAGGGCAGGAGCUAGGGGGAUGGCAGGAGGCUCUUGGUCCUGGGUAUGACUUGAAACUGCACCCUGAUGGGUAAGGAUGGCCUGGUGGAGCUGCCUGUGGUGGGGCAACUUCCCAAAAAUACCAGGCCAGUUGCCUCCCCAGUGAAAGGCGGGUAAGGGUGCCUUAUAGCCCUAUUCCCCAUUCCUCACUGGUGAUAGAACAGACAGUAGGGCCAGGCACACUGAGGGAAGGCAUUUGAGUCUCUGGGGGUGUAAGACCCCAAGCCUCAAGAAUGGGACAUAGAGUUAGCCCCAGUGAGGGGUAGAGAGUGGCCUGAGGAAGGGGAGCAGAAAGAGCCUAAUGCCUGGUGAGGGGCUAGUGGCUAAAGUCAGCCUAGUGUUAGGUGCAAGGACCAUCGUCUGUAAAGCAGGUUGCAGGAGGCACCUGAAGGGCUGUGGGGGGGAUCUCCCAGAGUGGAAGUAAGCAAGCCUAAUGGCCUGAUGAGGCCACUUAAGAGGAGCAGGGCAGGUUGGGAAUGGCCCAGUAUAGGGCAGCGGUAUGAAUGAAGCCCUGUGAGAGGGGCGGAGUGUCUAUCUAAUGUGUGAGAGGCCCAGCAAGGGGCAGAGUUUGGCCAGCUUCUGGCCGGAGCUGCUAAUAAGUUAGAUGCCAUCUGUGAGGCAUGGGACAUGGUAAGGGUAGGUCAGAUUUGUGUGUAGACCCCAUGGCACUGGGGCAUUAAAUGGGCAGCCUCCCACUUACUCAAUCUUGUAUUAUUGAACAGCAAGUUGUGGCAGACAAGACAGGGUGGACUGCCCUAGACAGGGGUGGGCCGGCACUGCAACUGGCCACAUGAUCUUUCCCCUGUCACUGUGGAGCCGGAGAUCUUGGUGAUUUUUGUCCAGGAAAAAAUCAUGGGACUCGCUGUUCACUGUAGCAUGUUCCCUUGAAAUGCAAAGUACUUUAUAACGAUGUAAUUAAAUGCAUUAGCUACUUUAUUUACUUCUACUCCCUAGGCACAUCUACAUGAGAUGUUUACUGUGGUUGCCUAAUUAGCUCCACAGUAAACUCUGUGUCUACAUGUGUGGCCACAGGAAAAUAAUAAACAUUGCUAUAGUACUUGUCAACACAAGUACUAUCAUGCGGCAGUUAUUUUCUGCACAGCAAUGGAUGUAUUAGACUAUUAACAGGGCUGGCCAGGGCACAAGGGUGCUUCAGUGUGGGAGCAACCUCCUGGCUACCCUCACACUGGAGCACCUUUGUACCCCAGCUAGCUCCUUCACAGCACAUGGAGUCAGGUUGGAGCAGCCCUGGGUUGGCAGGCUGACCCCCUGUGUCUGCUCCAACCUGGCUCAAAGUAGAGCAGUCCUGGGCACGCAUGUAAAUGCGGUGCCUGGGAGCAAUCAACUUUGGUGUGAACUGGGCCACAGUUUAUUCAGACACACCUCGAGUAGCAGUCACUCUUAUGCAUGCUUUUUACACAUGUAGGCUUUAACUGUGUUAGGAAAAAUGGGAGGUGUAAUUCUUCCCCAGGUAUUCUUGUGCAAAUUUAUAGCAAUGUACUCUUUCAUCUCUGUCUAGGCUUCUUAACUGUCCUGGAACUUUGGAGUUCCAUGAUACCCGUUCUGUGCAUCUUUAUACAGGAAGAGAAACAUAUGGCCCACAGCGAAUAACAUGUUUUUGCAGAAUGUUAAUUGUACUAAGUGUAGUUUUCAAAAUCUCACUUGCAACUUACUCAAGAUUUAUAACAGGAUCCUCAUAAUAGUAUAAAACUGUCUCUUAUUGCUCAUGACAGAUGAAAACAUAAAGAGGAACCAAUUUUUGUAUAAUUUCAAAAUAUUUUUGUAAUCUGACAAUUUGAGAUGAUCAGUUUAAGGACAUUAUUGGAAAAAAAAAUAAAGUACACUUGAGAGGGUUAAUUCCUACUUAUCUGUGUCAAAUCUGAUAGGGCUUUAAUAGAGGCAGGAAAUAGAGAAGGAAAAAUAAAUCAAGCAAAUGAGAAGAGCCACAUUCACUUUUUUUGUAUUUUCCUGGAUUUGUAUAACUAACUAGAAUGAGCUGUGCAAUACUCUUUCAACUCUUUCUUACAGCUGAAGUACUAAAGGUAUUUUAUUAAUAUAAUAAUGUCAUUUAAACAGCCUAUUUGUAAAAACAACAAAUGUCCAUGAGCAAUUAUUGUGAAACAUUGCUAUUUUGCUUAUGAUUUUCUUUGUAUAAGGUGGUACUGGAGUGUUUAUAGCAGAAGAGGCUAAAAUGGAAGUCCCAUUAAAUUUUCUUAGGAAUUCAAAGGAUAGAAAUAAUUUCUUACCAUCAAUUAAUGGUGAAAUGUAUUAGACAUGAAAACUGAGCCCUCCUUUUAAAUGGUGGCUAUCUUGCCCUCGGGCAGGCUAACAAUCAGUUUAGUAUGAUUUGUUGACACUGGCUCCAUGUAGGCCUUAUCUAAAGAAGCUACCAUGUUGGUUCAAUAUUACAAAAAGAACAUGAACAUAUUGGCACGUCAGCAUUUCAAAAUGUUUUGUGUCAAUGUGUUUGAGACCUGCUUUUUCAAAUGAUAGCUACCAACAUUGAAAGUUUUGUUUCCUGAGUAUGCUAAUUUAGUAGACCCCCUAUUACAAAGCACCCAUAGAACGUGUCAAACUUUGUCUUAAAUGAAAAAUAUUGACUUUUAAUGGAAAAACCCCAAAAGCAAAUAUAUUGAAUGAAACCUGAAAUAAUUUAAUUAGCAAAUGUUGUCAUGGUUCCUCCUGUUCACAUUUUCCUUUGUAGGCAGGAUUCUAUGACAUACCACAGUCUUUGCUUCUGAUAAGAAGAGAUGAUGAAUUAUAGGAGUCUCAUGACUGCUGGGUCCACCUGACCAUGGACAGGCAGCAAUAUGAAGCAACUGAAUUACACACCUUAGGAGACAAUGUCAUAUUAGAAUCAAAAUAUAUUGUUUAAAAUGUUUGUAAUAUUGGCCAUAAAAUAAAAACUUUUGUGAA